AUGUUCACGCACUUGAACCAGUCCUUCUGGGAUUACGGCCACUUCCCUCUGUCCGCAUCAAACGGCACGCGUCUCGUAAACCCAUGGCUUGCAACAGGUAGUAAUGCAAGUCCGUUUGAUCAGAACUUUUACCUUGUACUUAAUGUGGCAGUUGGCGGAACAAAUGGCUGGUUUACGGAUGGAAAGGUGGGGAAGCCAUGGAUCGAUGCGAGUCCGAGGGCGAAGAAGGACUUUUGGGAAGCGAGAAAUCAGUGGUAUCCAGACUAG